ACUAUGCUAGAACAAAUACCCGCACCCACAUCCCGAUUUUUCGGGCAAUGUUUGACGCUCUUGUUUUAGCCACUCUGUCUAGUGUUAAUUGUUCACCAAACACGGUUUGGUGUUGGUUGCGAGGCGGUUGUUUUCCUUACUGCCGACAAAGGGCACAUCUGAUUGGUUUAGAAGCUCCUCGGAACGUGUCUGAGCCAGUCACAGAUCAUCGGACGUGUUGCGCGAGGAGAAAAGCAACGACUUCCUUGCGUCAGCAGUGCAGCACUGCGUGUCUGUCUCUAGGCCGUGGAUAAAGACGCGUUCGCGGCAUUCACAGCUAGGGGUUUCCCUGUCUGAACUUGAAUGGCCCUUCCGCCGCCUCCCUCUUAUGCUGCUUUUCCAUUAGAGGUGAUACAUUUCUGGCAAUGGAACCUGAGGUUGUGAACGCAGCCUAUGUGAUUAGCGGAGUCCGCGAAAUAUGCUGAAUUUAGAAAGUAAUGCACCAUGAUGCUAAGCGGACGGGCACAGCUUCAUUGUUCGGAGGAGCACGAGUGUUCCUCGCUUUCUUUCUCCGGCUCAUCCCGUGCUGCUUUGUCUUUAACUUACCGCAAGAGGCAGGCGGUGCCCAGUCCCGCGCCUCUCGUCUGGAGGCAAACCCGGUCACCAUGAGCCUGCACGGCGCGAGCGCGGGGACCGACCGGUCCCGGGACCGCCGGCGCUCCAGCGACCGCUCCCGAGACUCCUCCCACGAGCGGGGCGAGGGCCAGCUGACCCCCUGCAUCCGCAACGUCACCUCCCCCACCCGCCAGCAGCACAGCGACCGUGAGCGGGACCCCAGCUCGUCGUCCCGGCCCAGCAGCCCCCGGCCCCAGCGGGCGUGGCCCAUGGGCUUCGGCGGCUCUGGCAGCAGCAGCGGGGUGUCCAGCAGCCGCACCAGCAGCCUGUCCAGCGGCGAGGGCCCCUGCAAGGGCGUGGCCGUGGGGGAGAUGGUGUUCGUCUACGAGGGGGCCAAGGAGGGCGCCCGCAGCCUCAGGACCUCCGAGAGGGUGACGCUCAUCGUGGACAACACGCGCUUCAUAGUGGACCCGUCCAUCUUCACCGCACAGCCCAACACCAUGCUGGGCAGAAUGUUUGGGUCUGGAAGGGAGCACAAUUUCACACGGCCCAAUGAGAAAGGAGAAUUUGAGGUUGCCGAGGGAAUCAGCUCUACAGUAUUCAGAGCCAUCCUGGAUUACUACAAAUCUGGGAUGAUCCGCUGCCCUGAUGGCAUCUCCAUCCCGGAGCUGAGAGAGGCGUGCGACUAUCUCUGCAUCUCCUUCGACUACAGCACCAUCAAGUGCAGGGACCUCAGCGCGCUCAUGCACGAGCUGUCCAACGACGGGGCGCGGCAGCAGUUUGAGUUCUACCUGGAGGAGAUGAUCCUGCCGCUGAUGGUGGCCAGCGCGCAGAGCGGGGAGAGGGAGUGCCACAUCGUGGUGCUGACGGACGACGACGUGGUGGACUGGGACGAGGAGUACCCGCCGCAGAUGGGCGAGGAGUACUCGCAGAUUAUCUACAGCACAAAAUUAUACCGUUUCUUCAAGUACAUAGAAAAUCGAGAUGUUGCCAAAUCGGUUUUAAAGGACAGGGGUUUGAAGAAAAUCAGAUUAGGUAUUGAAGGCUACCCCACGUACAAAGAGAAGGUGAAGAAGCGUCCGGGCGGCCGGCCGGAGGUGAUCUAUAACUACGUGCAGCGGCCCUUCAUCCGCAUGUCCUGGGAGAAGGAGGAGGGCAAGAGCCGGCACGUGGACUUCCAGUGCGUCAAGAGCAAGUCCAUCACCAACCUGGCGGCCGCCGCCGCCGACAUUCCUCAGGACCAGCUGGUGGUGCUGCACCCGGGCCCCCAGGUGGACGAGCUGGACAUCCUGCCCAACCACCCCCCGCCCGGCCACAGCUACAGCGGCAACCAGGAGCCCGACCCCGACGCCCCCUCCCCGGCCAUCUGAGACGAGGCCCCGCCCCCACGCGCCGCCCCCUCCCCCCCACACAGCAUGCUGCAUCCAGGAGCGAGAGUGGCACCGCGACCGCAUUGCCUUGGCCCCUCCUCCUUGCCUUAGAGCCACACAGACCCAGUCUACCGAUGGCCUCAAACGACCCGUUCCUCCCACCGGCCUGGGGAACCCGGCCUGCUGUAACCACCUGAAAGACCUGGCCUACUGUAAAAGCCUCAAGGACCUGGUCUACUGUCACCACCUGAAGAGCCUGGUCUUCUGUGCCCACCUGUGAAUGGUCUGGUCUACUGUGAGCCUCUGAAGGACCUGGUCUACUGAUGGCCUGAAGGGGGAUGCAGGACACUGGCAAGGGUGGACACGCCCCCCCCCCUUUUCCUUUUACAUUGUAUUUUUUUUUUUUUUUUUUUUACUUAACCAAAGGAAAUUAAUUUUUUAUCAGGUAUUUGAAAAGGAAUUUUAGGGAAGUCACUUCUUUUUGAAAUCGUGCUUAUUAUUAUUGUUGUUAUUAUUAUUGCUACUAUCAUUGUAUUGUUUCUCAUUGGAUGAGUUUGGGUUGUCGCACUGUGUUGUUUUUUCGCUCUCACUCUGAAACGACCCCGCCCGGCCUGCGGCGAUGGCGCGUUCUCCGGCCGAGCCGCGUUCACACCGGACCGCUGUAGUUCCUCUCGCCUCGACCCGCUCCGCUCGGAGCUCGAGAACCGUUAUUUUAAUAAAGAUUUUCAAAUCACA